CUUUAGUAUACGUAGAAAUGUGCAGGCAGGGGAAGGCAAGGCCCCUUAUAUCCAUUCAUAUUCAUUCCUUGGUUCACAACACAAAAGGAGGGAGGGAGGGAGCACUAGAUAGAGUAGAGCCACUAGCCAUAGCCUCAAGAAGAUCCAGCAGCAGGAAGGAGAAGAUGCAGGACUGGGGUCCGGUGCUGAUAUCGCUGGUGCUCUUCAUCCUCCUCUCGCCGGGGCUGCUCUUCCAGAUACCAGGAAAGUGCCGGCUGAUCGAGUUCGGCAAGUUCCAGACCAGCGUCGUCUCCAUCCUCGUCCACACCGUCCUCUUCUUCGCCCUCGACGCCAUCUUCCUCGUCGCCAUCGGCGUCCAGAUCAACCUUGGCUCCUCCCCCUAAUCAUCUGUUUAGUUUGCACUCCUGCUUCUUCCUUCCAUUCUUGCAUGCCCUUGUAUUACUACUGCUGUAACUGAACCGAAUUGAUUUCAAACCUCAAUACUCAUACUCCUUGCUUA